UGAUCGUCCGGACCGGAGACAACAACAACUAAUGGACAGCGGAUACUGCUGCACGUUGUGUUUAAUAAAAGCCCACAAAAUCCGAAAAUCGCAACGUCUUGGGAUUUCGCUCUUUUAAAAGUUUCCAUUUCAAAUACAAAAAUUUGAAAUAUAUGAACUUUUAAUUACACUAAAACCGGAUAGUGUAUAGAGGAAAUUAGCAGAGCGUUUCCAUUCCCUAGUUACAAGUCAAAAUCGUUUUUGAAAGCAAGUUAAUGCUCUGCUAGAGACUGAAUUGUCUUUUUCGUUAACCUCAUCACCAGAGGAAAUUGUAAUUGAAUUAGUGAAUUUUCGUUGUUCUCGCUGUUUGGAUCUACUUGGUAUUUACUUUGUAAAAAUUUCCACCCUCAGGGCGGUCUCUCCGUCUCCCUCACGGAAAUGAUUAUUAUUCUUGCUGCUCAUGAUCUUUAUGUUCAUAAUGGAUUAUUCCUCUCCUUCUUCCCCUGCAGAGAAGAAUAAAAAUUCAUGCCGAUCUCCCCUAGCACUUUCGCGAAACCGUAGCCGUAGAUGGCGUCAAAGUCGCACGGGUACCGCCGUUGUUGUGGUGGCGGCACUGCUCGUCUCGACCACCGCCUGGCUCUCUCUCGUAUUCUCCGGAACCACAGCCCGUUGCUGGCACCGGUUUAGGAAUUGGGAAGGCAGCCCCCGCACACUCACCUGGAAGAAGCGACCUCCCACCACCACUGCCUCCUUUGACCACCAUCUAUCCAUUGUGCCGCAAGUACCUCAGUUCGUCUCCCGUAAUUCUUCGCUAUUAUCGGGCAGCAACCGCAACCUUUCGGAGGAGGAGGAGAACCGUCGAGGAAAUGAACUGACACUGAAGCAUAUCUUGUUUGGCAUAGCGGGAUCCUCACAGCUAUGGAAACAACGCAAGGAGUUCGUGAGGCUUUGGUGGCGACCAAACGACAUGAGGGGCCACGUGUGGCUAGAAGAGCAGGUAGCUAAAGAAGACUGGGACAGUUCGUUGCCUCCUAUCAUGAUUUCCGAGGACACCUCCCGCUUCCGCUAUACUAAUCCUACCGGUCACCCUUCAGGACUCCGGAUCUCCCGCAUUGUCUCCGAGAGUUUUCGCCUCAGAUUGCCUGGUAUCCGAUGGUUCGUUCUGGGCGACGAUGACACUAUUUUUAAUGCGGAUAAUCUCGUUGCCGUUCUCAGUAAGUAUGACUCCUCCGAGAUGGUAUACAUCGGUGCUCCUUCCGAGAGCCACUCUGCCAACACCUAUUUUAGUCACUCUAUGGCCUAUGGAGGUGGCGGAAUAGCCAUAAGUUAUUCGCUGGCCGAGGUUCUUUCCAACAUUUUGGAUGACUGCCUUGAGAGAUAUCACAGACUCUAUGGAAGUGAUGAUCGGCUCCACGCCUGCAUUUCUGAGCUAGGCAUUCCUUUGUCCAGAGAGCAAGGCUUCCACCAGUGGGAUAUUAGAGGUAAUGCGCAUGGUCUUCUAUCCUCACAUCCGGUUGCACCUUUUGUAUCCAUUCAUCAUGUUGAAGCUGUUGAUCCUCUUUAUCCUGGCAUGAGCUCUUUGGAUAGUUUGAAACUUUUCACCAAAGCCAUGACUGCUGACCCCAUAAGCUUUUUGCAGCGGUCGAUAUGUUAUGACCAUGAACACCACCUUUCUUUUUCUGUUUCGGUUGGUUAUGUCAUUCAGGUGUUUCCAGAAAUCGUGCUUCCCCGUAUACUUGAGCGCUCAGAAAAGACAUACUCUGCUUGGAACAAGAUUAGUGAUCGAAAUGAAUUUGAUUUGGAUACCAGGGAUCCUCACAGAUCUAUUUGCAAGAGACCAAUCCUAUUUUUCUUGAAAGAUAUAUCAAGACAAGGCGACAUUACAGUUGGUUCAUAUGCACGGGCCAGAAUGAAAGAUGAUUUGAAAAGAAAAGUUUUCUGCUUUCCGCAUUCUCCUCCUCUUCCUUAUGUGGAGAAUAUUCAAGUAUUGGUGUAUCCUACAACAAAGAAUUGGCAUUUGGUGCCACGCCGUCUUUGUUCUAAACUGAAUCGCACAACUGAUGAACUACUUACAAUAUCAGUUGGGCAGUGUGGGACCAGAUAUUCUGGCUCUUUUAUUGAUUCUGUUUGAAUGUGGGUGGCUGUUGGCUCACUUUACUUGGCCAGUAUCAGCUUGGAGAUGAACAUGCGCUUGAGGAAGGGCCUUUACUAUCUUAUGCAUCACGUUCUUCAGCUUCGUUCAUUCGGCUUCAAGCAACAGCUGUUUAUCAACUGACAUCCAGUGUUUUGAAAACCACGCUAACAAAUUGCAGAUAUGAGAGUCCUUUACUGUACACAGUUGAGUUUAAGAUAAGCUUGCAAACCUUCAUCUCAUGGAUUACAUUCUUUGCCUUCCUUUUUGUUCAGAAGGUACAUAAUUAUAAACUGAUAUCUAACUUCUGGAAAUGAAGUGAAAAAGAAAAUUCAAGUUAGUUUACAUAUGAAUUAUGAAAUGCGAAUAACUCAUUUCUUUUACCUCUAUGUGGUUACAGUUGUUGUCUUUCUGGUGAUUAUUUUCUUGUAACUUCAGCUCUUUGUGAAAUGCAUUUGUGAAGCUAAUAGACCUUAGUUGUCUCAUCAACAACAUAGGACUAAUCCAAAUAUUCCA